AUGGAUCACUUUGAAGUCAACUCCCAGGACGAUUUCACCUACUUGGAGUAUUCAGCAGACACGCAAUCGUCGCAAUACGACUACAAUGACUUUACUCAACCCAAGACGGCCGACCUUCAUCACGAUCCCAGCUUGUCGUUAGCUUCCUUGUCAUUGGACAAUAACAGCAUUGAAAAGGCAUCACCCACCACAUCGACAGCAGCUACCACCACCACCAAGAGCAACGGAUUCGAUUUCCAAUUUGAAGAGACGGACGACUUUGAUAACUUUGGUGAAGUCAAUGGCGAAGUGGUCGACGAAGAAGAAGAAAAGAACCUUCCACCUCACGCAUGCAAUUACUGCGGCAUCCAUUCGCCAGCAUCGGUCGUCAAGUGUGUUGCUUGCAGUCGUUGGUUUUGCAAUUCCCGUGGCAAUACUUCAGGAUCGCACAUAAUCAACCACUUGGUGCGUGCCAAACACAAGGAGGUCAUGUUGCACCCAGAGUCGCCACUAGGUGAAACAGUGCUCGAGUGUUACAAUUGUGGAUGUCGCAACGUCUUUUUACUCGGCUUUAUUCCUGCAAAGAGUGAUACGGUGGUUGUGUUGCUAUGCAGACAACCAUGUGCUGCAGUGCCAUCGUCAAAGGAUAUGAAUUGGGAUACUUCGCAAUGGAUGCCAUUGAUUGAUGAUCGUUGCUUCCUUACUUGGCUCGUCAAGAUUCCUUCUGAACAAGAACAGCUCCGUGCCCGUCAAAUCACUUCGCAGCAAAUCAACAAGUUGGAAGAGCUUUGGAAGGAUAACAGUGAAGCUACCUUGGAGGAUCUUGAGAAACCUGGUGUCGAUGAUGAACCUCACCCAGUCUUGUUACGAUAUGAGGAUGCUUAUCAAUAUCAGAACAUUCUCGGUCCUCUCGUCAAGAUGGAGGCUGACUAUGACAAGAAGCUCAAGGAAUCACAGACGUGUGAUGAUGUGGUCGUGCGCUGGGACGUUGGUUUGAAUCAAAAGAACAUUGCAUGGUUUUAUUUCCCCAAGCUUGAAAUGGGUGAAGUCAAAUUGGCUGUGGGUGAUGAAUUGCGUCUACGCUAUCGUGGUGAAUUACAUGAUCCUUGGGAAGCUACCGGUCAUGUCAUCAAGAUCCCCAACAAUGUCAGUGAUGAAGUUGCCUUGGAAUUGCGUAGAAACAACAAAGUACCAGUUGAAUGCACCCACAACUUUUCAGUGGAUUUUGUUUGGAAAUCGACCAGCUUUGAUCGUAUGCAAAGUGCCAUGAAGACAUUUGCUGUGGAUGAGACAAGUGUGAGUGGUUACAUUUACCAUCGUUUGUUGGGUCAUGAUGUGGAACCCCAAGUGCUCAAGACGCAAAUGCCCAAGCGGUUCUCAGCACCCAACCUUCCUGAAUUGAACCAUUCCCAAGUCUAUGCUGUCAAGUCCGUAUUGCAAAAGCCGCUUAGUUUGAUUCAAGGUCCUCCUGGUACCGGCAAGACUGUCACUUCAGCAUCCAUUGUGUAUCACCUUGCCAAGAUGAACCCUGGCCAAGUGCUUGUGUGCGCACCUUCCAAUGUUGCUGUGGAUCAACUUGCUGAGAAGAUUCAUCAAACCGGUCUCAAGGUUGUGCGUCUCACUGCCAAGUCUCGUGAAGAACUUGAUUCACCCGUAUCCUUUUUGACGCUUCAUGAACAAGUUCGCAACAUGGAUACCAAUGUGGAGUUACAAAAAUUGAUCCUGUUGAAGCGUGAACAAGGUGAAUUAAGCGCAUCCGAUGAAAAGAAGUACAAGUCGCUCAAGAGAUCAUGCGAAAAGGAAUUAUUACAGAAUGCGGAUGUGAUUUGUUGUACUUGUGUUGGUGCUGGUGAUCCACGUGUUGCCAAGUUGCGUUUCCGUACAGUGCUUAUCGAUGAAGCAACCCAAGCAUCCGAGCCUGAGUGUAUGAUUCCCCUUGUUCUUGGCAGUAAGCAAGCUGUCCUUGUUGGUGACCAUCAACAAUUGGGUCCUGUCAUUAUGAACAAAAAGGCAGCUCGUGCAGGUCUUUGCCAAUCCUUGUUUGAGCGUCUUGUUAUUCUUGGUUUGCGUCCCAUUCGUUUGCAAGUGCAAUACCGUAUGCAUCCAUGCCUUUCGGAGUUUCCUAGCAACAUGUUUUACGAAGGCACCCUCCAAAAUGGUAUCACGACUCAGGAACGCUUGCGUAAGAAUGUUGAUUUCCCUUGGCCUGCACCUGAGACACCCAUGAUGUUUUAUGUCAACUUGGGAAACGAAGAAAUCUCGACAUCGGGCACAUCGUAUCUCAACCGCACUGAAGCUUCCAACUGUGAAAAGAUCGUCACUCGUUUCAUGAAAGCGGGUAUCCUUCCAUCCCAAAUUGGUGUUGUAACGCCCUAUGAAGGUCAACGCUCGUACAUUGUACAAUACAUGCAAUUCAACGGCUCGUUGCGUAAGGAUCUUUACAAGGAGAUUGAAGUUGCCAGUGUGGAUGCCUUCCAAGGUCGUGAAAAGGAUUACAUUAUUCUCAGCUGUGUCAGAAGCAAUGAACAUCAAGGUAUUGGUUUCUUGAGUGAUCCUCGUCGUCUCAAUGUCGCCUUGACACGUGCCAAAUAUGGUGUGGUGAUUCUCGGCAAUCCCAAGAUCCUUAGCAAGCAUCCUCUUUGGCAUCAUCUUUUGGUUCAUUACAAGGAAAAGGGUUGUCUUGUGGAUGGUGCAUUGAACAACCUGCGUGCUUCCAUGAUCCAAUUCAGUCGACCUCGCAAACAAUACCGCAAGGAUGACAAGUUCCGUCAAGGAUUAGCUCAUCAAAUUGAUGCUCGUGAAGCAUUUGCCAAGGCACCCCUUGCAAGUGAGAAUCGCCGUGGUGCACGUGCCUAUGGCCAAGAUUACAUGGCAACGCACGAUCCUGUUGGUUAUAUUCCUUCGGAAAUUGGUUCCUUGCCAUCAUCGCAAUUCAGCAUUCCCUUUAUUCCUUCUGCUAGUGGUCCAUUUACGCAAGAUUUGUCACAAUCGAGUGUGUUCAACCGCAAGAAUGUGAAGCAAAGUCUCAACAACGAAGGCAACAUGUCACGUUACAUUCCUGGAUCAUCGACAUUUGCUACGCAUGGAUUUGGUUGGUCCAGUGGAUCAGCUUCAGCAGCGGCUGCUGCAGCAGCAGCAGGUGGUGGUAAUGGUGGUGGUCCCUCACAAAACAUGUACAGCAGCCAAACAUCCAUUGGUCUUGCCUUGUCACAGAGCGAUCGACUGCGUAUGAUGGCGGAGUUAUCGAGUCAAGGAGGUUCAGGAAUGGGUGGCAACAAUAGCUUAUUGAGUCAGGAUACAGUUGGCGGUUAUCCCUAUGAUGAUUACAAGUCUCAAGAUAUCUCGACCAUGCUUAGUCAAGAUUUCGAUUUGCGAAGUCAAGCCAGCCAGGCGUACACCCAAUAUUAG